AUGCAUUUACUGGAGAAGAUACACCCAUCCAUUGAGGCUGCAGUGGAUCGCAUUAUCUCUGGAGCGAACAAAACCUCCCAUACCGUUAUUCGCGACUUUGAUGGCUGUGAAUAUCAUUUAGAAGUUCAAUUGCAGAAUCCAUCAUCAUCAACAACUACAACUACAACAACUACAACUACAGAAACAUCAACAGAUAGUAAUGGAAACGGCAAUAUACAUAUCUCAACAUCUCCUCCAACAGCCACUAUCACGAUUUCUUUACAGCACAGUACACCAUUUAAGGAACUUAACGUUCAUUCCAACUUUGAUGAAGUUCUCCCACUCCUUUUCCCACCGGAGUUACGGAAGUUUCUAAAGCCGAAUGCAUAUCAUCGCAGUAGUGGGAAGUUUAUUGCAGAGAUGCAUCUUCCUGCCACUCUCUCUGCAGAGACCCGCACAGCCGCACUGCAGGCUGCUGCCCAACUACGCAUAUGGAGUUAUAUUCCCGUCUUCUCCCAUCAGUGUGAAGUGUACUGCAGAUCUCCAGAAGAGGUAAAGCCACUCGUAUUGCAUUAUCACACUGGAGAAGAAAUGUUUCUCUAUAGUCAUAGAGGGAAUUUUCUCGUUGUGAUUGCAUUGCGAGCGGCUUCUAAAGAUGAUGCGGUGUUUAUGCGACACUUUCUACAAGCGAUGAUGGAUGCAAAGAAAUUACAACGGGAGAUUAGUGCAGCUCCGGCAUUUGUUUUUGAUUACGGCAAACCACCAGAAUCUAUCCCAAGUAGUUUAUCACUAUCCUCCACUGUUGCUAAUAAUCAUAAUAUUAAUAGUAAUAGUAAUAGUAAUAGUGAGAAGCAUUCAAAUAUCUUUUGGUGUAGUUUUCAACUCUUUCGAAGACAAAUGGAGCCAAUGGGGCAUCUGGUAGAAACAGUAACACAAUUAGUGAACUUUCGCAGUACACUUGCGUAUCAUAUUCACGCCGGGCGAACGUAUAUGCAUGGAAUGAUGCGAAAACGGGUAGAGACAAGUCUUCAGGUGCUUAACAGAGCCAAAACGAGUACUACUGGAAAAGCUAAGAUUACCCUUCAUUAA